AUGUUGGAAAUUUCAACGAAAGAUGUCAAGCAAAAUCAUACAGAUAUCAAUAACAUACUGAGUUUGAUACCAUUUCACAAGAACAUAUCAAAUGACAAUAUGGCAGACCCCAAACUAUCAAAAGCUCUCAAAGAAAGUCGAAAAUCAAUUUUAUCUUCCGUAAAAGCACUUUCAUCAGCAAACCAAGACUCGUCGCCUCUGCCACCUGCAUUGGGAGAAGUAGUUUCUCAGUUGUUAGCUCAGCUGCGACAGUCAAUUACUGCUCUGGGUGUAUCUUAUAAUCCACCAAUAACCAUCGAAGGAGCUAUCCAACAGUUAGAGAGAAUAUCAGAAUAUAUAGGUAAACUAAUCAGUUGCGUCUUACUAUGUUCAAGUUCCCAAUUAUUAGCCGAGGAAUGGAAAUCUGGUAUUACAAAUAUCACUGAAGAGAUAGUUAGACAUAUAAGUGUGCUGGAGCAAAAUGAAAAUGAUGCUUAUCUGAGUUCGACGGGAAUGGUAUGGGAAUCGAUCGAUAAUCUGUCAAAAGAAUUAUCAAAAGAUGAAACACAAGCUUUGAGAAGAAGAUGGAAAUCUCAUCAAUCGACUGUCAAAGAUGCCUGGGAGGAAUUCAAGGAAUUACUAGACGCUGGAACCAAGAGAACGGAAGGGAAAGAACAGGACGAAGACGAUGAAGAUGAGAAUGGUGAAUGGGAUGAACUGGAUUUAGGAGGAGAGGAAUUAUCUGAUGAUGAAAGAAAUACAGCUGAAGCGGCAAAACCUCUCUUGGCCUUGUAUCAAAUACUUCACUCGACAAUACCACGCUUCUUUGAUCGAGUCAAAGAAGAUGAGUACCGCUCAUUAUUGAUUGCUUCAACAGAAUUCGUAGAUGCGUACGAUGGAGCAGUGUCCGCGAUGCACCCGGCGCAAGACACACAGGAGAUAGAAGAAACCCUUCAAGAAAUUGAAUCAGUUUCAAGAAAAAUGGCAGGAAUGGUAUCAGAUAAAGGUAUAUCGAAAUGGACGGAAAGAUUAGAUGUAGAAAAGAAGAAAUGGGGCGAGAGACGGCUAGACAUGAAGAGUCUCAGCGAGGCCAUAUGA